AUGGCGUCCGCAUCAGUAUCCCCCGCGCUGCUCCGGGCGCAGAGGCAGCUGUACGUGGACCCCGGGAGCGGGUACGAGGUGAUCACGGCGUUCUCUCACCGCCGCAGAGGCAGGUGCUGUGGCGCCGCCUGCAGACAUUGUCCUUACGGUCAGGUGAACGUGAAGAACCCGGCGCUGAGGAAGAGUGAUGAAAUCUGUGCAGCAUCUGCGCAACCGCUACCUCCAGCUCCUGCCGUGGCUCCUGCCGUGGCUCCUGCCGUGGCUCCUGCCGUGGCUCCUGCCGUGGCUCCUGCCGUGGCUCCUGCCGUGGCUCCCGGAGGACCCAUUGCUCUGCCUCCAGCCCACUCGUUCUGCUCUUGCCGUCGGUACGAAGACCCGGCAGGUCCCAGCUCUGCACAGAGACAGGUGGAGUUCACUCUGAGGCAAAGCAAGGCCGUGGCGGUGCACAGAGAGAGCGCUCUGGAGGCUGGCACGGCGUCAGUGGUGGUGGUUGUGGGGGUUUCUCUUUUGUUCAGGAUGUUGGAGCAGUUGGUGACACGGCGAGGAGAGGAUACGGGUUUUCAUUGUCGACAUGUUUGUGUUGGUUUUUGCUGA